CGACCAAAUCGACGAGAAUCGAAUGCGCCAAGGAGACAUGCUCAUCGUGGUUCCCGAUCGACAUCACUCACUGAUCGUCGUGGACUAAUCACUGCACCACGUCUGUCAGCAAGGAAGAGCAGCAUUUCACCGAUGGCUCAUCAUAGAAAACAAGAUGUGGAAUCGGUGGAUACACUCGCGAUGCUAAUGCAUUUUAUGGAGGAGGACGGUGGUGAGGACCCCUUGCACAAAAUAUUUCUACCAAUGCGGCACUCCGCCUCAUCACCCCACAAGCCACUGCUCUGGAAGCAAAUCCAGAAAAGUGCGCCUAUCACUGUGGAUUCAUCUGCUAGG